AUGAAAUGGCCCAAAUAUCCCACAUCCCUGGUAGACUUCUGCUACCGCUGCGGGGAGUCCGGACACCUUGUCAGGGACUGUGAUCUGGAGGAGGACGCCUGCUACAACUGCGGCGCAGGCGGCCACAUCGCCAAGGACUGCAAGGAGCCCAAGAGAGAGCGGCAGCAGAGCUGCUACAACUGCGGCAGACUAGGCCACCUGGCUCGAGACUGCCAGCAGGCAGAUGACCUCAAGUGCUAUUGUUGUGGCCAACCUGGCCAUAUGCAGAAAGACUGCCACAAGGUGCAGUGUUACAAGUGCGGGGAACAUGGACAUGUGGCCAUCAAUUGCAAGAAAGUACUAGAAGUCAGCUGUUACCGCUGUGGUGAGACUGGACAUUUUGCCUGGGAAUGCACCAUUGAGGCCUCGGCCUAA